GCAGUAAUCAUCGGUUUCAGAUUUCGUCAUGUGCUUGUGUGCCUUCUACAAGCGGCGAGCUACGUUGUCGUAGCCUUCUCAGAAAGUGUCACUGAGUCACUAGCCGGCGUCUGCAUCGGCAGUCUCGGAAGCGGGAUAGGAGAGAUCACCUAUCUCGCACUUGCUUCACGGUUAGCGAUAGCUGCUUGGUCGUCGGAGGCCACUGGUGAGGGCGGUCUCAUUGGUUCAUUUUCUAUCAUGGCAUUAUUUCUCACAGAGCGGUCUAUAUUAAACUUAAAACCCAAAGUCGCGCUUCUUCUUCAGCUAAUAGUGCCGGUUGUUUUCGUGCUAACAUAUCUUGUGUUCUUGUUAUCCCUGAUGAUGUUCACACACGCUGGAUUGCGUCCAAUUACGUGGAUUGUACCUAAAGAAGUUCCGUCUAAGAAUGAAGAAGAAGAAGACAACUCAGAUACUGACAGUCCCGCAAACGAGACUCGUAACGAUAGCUCUUCAAAUGUCAAGGUUCCACAAAGGCACCUGACCUUUAUUGAGAAGAUCCAGCACAUC